AAAACACUUUGCAGAGGAAAGUCCCCGUUAAUUCUGAUGGACGGGAGAUUUUAUUAUUUUUUUUUAGAGCUGCUAGGGUGAAAAAUAGCUUAACAAUAUAAUCGCUUCUCUAUUCGAUUGCUCAAUCAUACAGACAUAAAUACCGUUGUUUCCCCGCCCUAGUAUUUUUUUAAAAAAUUAUUAUCCUUCGCAGCUUCCUAUUCAAUAGAUUUGCUUCCAGUCUCUGGUGCUAAGAGUUUCAGAUCGUUUUAGAGCCAUGGGGAAUGGGAUGAAUAAGAUACUUCCUGGUUUGUUCCUUGGAAAUUAUAAAGAUGCUCGUGACACCGAACAACUAAAACAGAAUAACAUUACACACAUUCUUUCAAUCCAUGACAGUGCUCGGCCCAUGUUGGAGGGAAUAAAAUAUCUGUGUAUCCCUGCUGCAGAUUCACCCUCACAGAAUCUAGCAAGACAUUUUAAAGAAAGCAUUGCUUUUAUCCACGAGUGUCGGCUUAGUGGUGAAGGCUGUCUUGUCCACUGUCUUGCCGGUGUUUCCAGGAGUGCAACCUUGGUUGUGGCCUAUAUAAUGACUAUCACCGAUUUUGGCUGGGAGGAUGCAUUGUCCAUUGUCCGAGUGUCAAGAUCAUAUGCCAGUCCAAAUACGGGCUUCCAGCAACAGCUUGAAAACUUUGAAAAAAAUGAAGUGGCCCAGUAUCGAGAUUGGCUUAAAGCAGAGUAUGGCGAAAACCCUUUGCAAGACAAACAAGAUGCCGAGGCUCUUUUGCAGCAGCACAGACUCCAUGCAGCAGAUCCUUACAAAUAUGUCUGGAAGGCCGUAGAAUGAUAGUGUUGCUUCGGUGACUGCCGAUCAUUUAUUGUAACGUUCAGGAUAUAGUCACAACUAAGCAGGGUAACUUGCACUCACUUCUUUCUGCACGUGCUGAAAAAGGAUUGCUUGGAAAGGAAUAAUUGAGGGGAGGGCGCAGGGGCUAUUUGGGUUGUUAUAAUACACCUGACUUUAAAUAUUUGAGGAGUGGGACUCCAGAACAUGAACCUUGUUAUACUCAUGGUUGAUCUUGCCUUUAUUAUGCGAAGGCCCUACUCUUUUUCCCUGCAGUGCAAAAAGAGCAGGCCGCACUCUCAUGGCCACAUACAGUUCUGCAGAUUCCUAUUCUUCAGGCCGCCUGCAAAGACAAGAGUUUGGCACAGCUGCACUUUUCAAAUUAUGUAGGGUUUUUCUAAAGUGGUGGUGGGGAGAGAAUGUGUACCCCGGGGAGCGACUUGUACUCAACGGGAGUUCUGAUUUCGCUACAGCCAGGCCCGCAGCAACAGAAGAAGGCUGUUUAAAAUAGCAGCGCUGUUCUUCAGCAGUGAGAAAAUGUUGCACCCAAAUUAAGCCAGGCUAUGAUGAUAUGCAUGGUUGCUGCUCUCGUGCGUGUAUCUUCGUUUAGAAAUGAUUUUUAAAAGAGAUUCCUCUCUAACGUCUGUUUGAAUCGACUGAUGGAAAAAUAUCAUAGACGACGUUGCAGUAUUUAUUGCCCUGGUGUUUCUCUCAGAGAAGCUGUUAAUUGUUUUUCUUUAAUCCUUUUAAUACUUCAACAGUGGAGGACUACUGAAAGUAUAUUGGAAUGUACAGAAUAUAUUUAAAGAUUAAGACGUUGUCUUAAUCUUUAAAUAAAUUCUAAUAAUGGCUACAGUGCUAUAAUAAUGUCAAAAAUUCCCCCCAAAUACUACUGGCAAAAAGAUUUUAUUGUAUAUUAAGUAUCUUGAUGAAGUGUCAUGUUUGACUGCUUUUCUCAGUGGAAUAUAUUCAAUAAAAGCUUCAGGAUGUUUUUUUUU